AUGAGCGCUACAUCCAGCCUUGCCCGCAGGGCAGUGGCUCGCAACCCCCUGCUGGGACAAGCCAGAAACCUAUCCAGAGGUGUCUCGCCGGCUCUCAUGACCAGGCAUAUCGCCCGACAAACCCAGAUCCCCGCCUUGGCCCUGCUGGUCCCCUUGCGCCAGCUGGGAACCGAGCCUCAUCGACCGGAUGCGCCGUCUGGACCGCCUCCUGGGUUCAACGCCGAGCAGGCUAAGAAACCGCUGCCAAAGGACUCCUCGAGCGCCACAAAGAAGUCGGAUGCAGACGCAGCUGCGAAAGACGGAUCGGCCAAUGCGGCCGCUGCGCAGUCCGACAAGGCCGCCGACGAUGCAUCGCUGACCGAACUCGCCGCUAAGAAGGACGGCGUCUCAAGCCAGAAGGAGCUUGCGAAAAAGAAGGAGGAGGAGACCAAGUUGACAGUCUGGCAAAAGGUCAAGAAGGAGGCUCAACACUACUGGGACGGAACCAAGCUGCUGGCUACAGAGAUCCGCAUCAGCUGGAGGCUAGCCCUCAAGAUGGCCGCCGGCUACGAGCUCACCCGCAGAGAAAGCAAGCAGCUCCGGCGCACCGUCCAGGAUCUUGGCCGACUCGUCCCCUUCUCCAUCUUCAUCAUCGUCCCCCUGGGCGAGGCUCUGCUUCCCUUGGCCCUGAAGCUCUUCCCCAACAUGCUUCCCAGCACCUUUGAGGGGCAAAAGUCCAAGGAGGCCAAGGCCACUCUCUUGCGUUCUACCAGGAAGGAGGUCAGCGCCUUCAUCCAGCAGACGCUCAAGGAGACGGGCCUUCCCCUGAGCCAGGCGACGGCCCAGAAGGAGGAAUUCGCCAACUUCUUCCGCAAGGUGAGGUCGACUGGCGAGGCGCCCACUGAGCAGGACGUCAUCAAGGUGUGCAAGAUCUUCCGAGACGACAUGACCCUGGACAACCUGUCGCGCCCUCAGCUGGUGUCCAUGUGCCGAUACAUGGGCCUCAACACCUUUGGCACCGACUCGAUGCUGCGAUACCAGAUCCGCCACCGCAUGCGCCAGAUCAAGCGCGACGACAAGGCCAUUGCCUUUGAGGGCGUGGACAGCCUGACCGUCGCCGAACUGCAGCUCGCAUGUGCCGCCCGCGGUAUUCGCACCCACAGCGUGUCCCCCGCCAAGAUGAGGGCCGACCUGCAGACAUGGCUCGACCUGCGUCUCAAGGAGGGCAUUCCCUCUACCCUGCUGGUCCUGAGCAACGCUUACAUGUACGGCCAAGGAUCUGCCGAGAGCUCCAGCCAGAUUGAUGCCCUUGUUGGCGUCUUGUCCUCCAUUCCCGAGGAGCUGUUCCACGAGAUUGAGCUCGAGGUGCACAAUGCCGAGGGCGCCGCCACCAACAAGCAGCGUCUCGAGGUUCUCAAGGAGCAACAGGAGCUCAUUGAGGAAGAGGAGCUGCAGAACAAGGAGAGUCAAACAACUGGCUUUGCCACUCCCCGCGAUGUCGAUGACAUUGACGAGAAGGAGGAGCGGCAGAUGUCAGCCGCCGAGAGCGGCCUCGAGCAGAAGCCCGCCGGCGAGAUGGUUGACGCUGAGCUGGAGCAGAUCAAGGCCGUCGAGGCUGAGCACAAGGCCGCUGCCAAGGAGCAGAAAUGA